CGCACCGAACCCAGACCCCUCUAAACUCGCUGUAAACCAGAGCCGCGGCCGAGAGAGGGAGAGACACCCCCUUGCCAUUCAGUCGCCUUCUGGGAACCAUGAAAUUGCCCGUCUAUCACGGGCGGAUCAGCCGCGAAGAGACCGAAGAUCUGUUGGCAUCGAUAGGGAAAGACGGCAGUUACCUGAUCCGAGAUAGUGAGACCGUGCCCGGAGCCUAUUGUCUGUGUGUGUUGAAUCAAACAUUUGUUCAUACUUACCGGGUUUCUGAAACGUCUGGGAAAUGGUUGGUUCAGACACUGAAGGGCGUUGUUCCUCGUUAUUUCAGCAGCAUAGAAAAACUCCUUGUAACGUAUGAGAAACCAGGCCAAGGAUUGGUUGUGCCUUUGCUACAUCCAGUUAAAACAAAUAAAAUCCAAAACCAAAAUGAAGGUGAGAUCUAUUUGCAGGAAGAACGAGAGUACAUGGAAAUGCUUGGCAUAUGACACAGCCAGAGUAUAGCAGAAGAGUCUCCAGAGUAUUAUGAAGGAUUAUCUUGGAAAGAAAUAUAUUAUUCUGUUCAAAUGUUGUAUUUCCAAAUUACUUAUUCCUUUAAAUGUUCUGCAUCCAUGAAAAUGUGAAAAUCCAUUUGCUGUAAAUAAUAUGAUACCUUGAUCUUUACAAGCUGUAGAAUUUACUAAUGGAAAAUAACCUAUUGUAGUCUCUUCUUGCCUAUUUUAUUCCAAGAAAGAUGCAACACAGAAGGAGACCAUUUGGCCCAUUGUACUGUGUUGGCUGUUUGGAAAAGCUGUCCAAUUGGUUCAGGGGGGCAGGCUGGUUCUAGCUACACUGAAUGGAGAUAACUUGUACGUAGAAACUAUAUUCUACAUUCUAUCUUCCAGA